AAUUGAGAACCUAACCUCAAUUAUUGUUUACUGUUUGCCUGUUGCCACAAUGUCGUUCGUGCCUAACAACACGUUUGUUUUUUAUAUCAUGAAACGCCUUUUGCGUCAAAUUGACUUUAUGCACACGACAGCGAUAAUUUUUUGUUAUAAAUCUUUAUUAUAAAUAAAAGGACCAAAAUAAAUGAAAUCUAUUUUAUCAGUGUAAAUCGUGACAGAACAUGACAACACGUAUAUAUAUGCAUAUAGUUUGCGUACUCUACAUCGAAAUUAACGGUUUGAAGAUCGAAAAUUUAACGUGACUGGAAAUUCAUCAACGAUAUUGUAUAUGUGCCAUAUGCUGGAUAAGAUUAAGAUAAAUUUUUACGAAGAUAUUAUAAAGUUAAAAGAAACUUAUAUGCUAAUAAGAAUAACAAAAAGAAGAUGAUGGAAGAUAACAGCAGAAAGCAGGGAUUUAAAAGAGGAUUGGAAGCAGAUAAAAUCCUUGGUUCGGCAGAUGACAAUGGAAAACUAAUGUACUUGAUACAAUGGAAAGGAACAGAUGCAGUCGACAUGGUGUCUGCCAAUGAAGCCAAUGUCAAGUGUCCUCAGAUUGUUAUCCGAUUUUAUGAGGACAGAAUGAUCUGGAAUAAGGCAAAAAUAAAAGCGUAAAAUUCUUUAUGAACUUUCUUAAAAGGCUAGAUCUCUAUAUAUUUUAAGAAAAUUGUCUUUUAUUGUGAUCUCUUGAUGCGGUCAAAAUCUUAUUACAAAUGC